CCACGGCAACUCCAUCAGACGCCACUAGAGUUCUCCUUUUUCCGAGGAUCCGAGGCUGUAUCCUAAACCCUGUUUAUCCCAGAAAGCUAGAAGUGUGCAGACGGCCAGGAGCGAGGAGAGACAGAGAGGAAAAAAAAAAUUCAGACACAAUAAAACUCCGAUGGGGAAAGAAAAUAUGUAGCAGGCGGAAAAGGCAGCCGCGGCCUGGAGCAAGAAUUGCAAACUUUAACCUGGGCGAACUUCUUUUCCUCCGCCUGCAGAAUCUGCAACUGGUAGAGACGCCGCCUGACAAGGUAUGCCCAGCCUGACCCUUCACAAGACAGCUGCUGGCCACAUGAGGCCUUCAUCCCCUGAUCCUGCAAGCAAAUCACCAUCUGCAGCCUUCAGAAUUCAGCAAGUGAAGGGGACAUGGCACGUUUAACAAAACGGCGACAAGCAGAUACAAAAGCUAUCCAACACCUUUGGUCAGCUAUAGAAAUCAUCAGAAACCAGAAGCAAAUUGCUAACAUUGAUCGUAUUACAAAAUAUAUGUCCCGGGUUCACGGUAUGCAUCCCAAGGAGACCACACGUCAGCUUAGUUUAGCAGUGAAGGAUGGCCUUGUUGUCGAAACCUUGACUGUGGGAUGCAAAGGUUCAAAAGCUGGUAUUGAGCAAGAAGGAUACUGGCUGCCCGGGGAUGAGAUUGACUGGGAGACAGAAACUCAUGACUGGUAUUGUUUUGAAUGCCAUUUGCCUGGAGAGGUGUUGAUAUGUGACCUGUGUUUUCGGGUGUAUCAUUCCAAGUGUUUAUCUGAUGAGUUCAGGCUUAGAGACAGCAGUAGUCACUGGCAAUGCCCAGUUUGCAGGAGCAUUAAGAAGAAGAACACCAGUAAGCAGGAGAUGAGCACCUAUUUGCGCUUCAUUGUCUCCCGAAUGAAGGAACGGGCUAUUGAUCUAAAUAAAAAAGGCAAAGACAACAAACAUCCAAUGUAUCGUCGACUAGUACACACAGCUGUUGAUGUUCCAACCAUACAAGAGAAAGUAAAUGAAGGAAAAUACAGAAGUUAUGAGGAAUUCAAAGCAGAUGCUCAACUGCUUCUACACAACACCGUGAUUUUUUAUGGAGUGGACAGUGAACAAGCUGAUAUAGCCAGGAUGCUUUACAAAGAUACCUGCCAUGAGCUGGAUGAACUUCAGCUUUGCAAGAACUGUUUCUAUCUAUCAAAUGCGCGUCCUGACAAUUGGUUCUGCUAUCCUUGUAUACCAAAUCAUGAACUGGUAUGGGCCAAAAUGAAAGGCUUUGGAUUCUGGCCUGCGAAAGUCAUGCAGAAAGAAGACAAUCAAGUUGACGUUCGCUUUUUUGGCCAUCACCACCAAAGGCCAAUCAACCACACUGGAUUGCCUUUGCAAGAUGAAAUUGGAGGUGGACAUGUUGUGGAGCUGCAACUGGAGGAAAAAGAUCUAACAAAUAAACAACAGGGCGCUUCUCUUUCUAGGGCCUGGAUUCCUUCUGAAAAUAUUCAGGAUAUCACCGUUAAUAUACACCGGCUACAUGUAAAACGUAGCAUGGGCUGGAAAAAAGCAUGCGAUGAGUUAGAGCUACAUCAGCGUUUCCUUCGGGAUGGCAGAUUUUGGAAAUCAAAAAAUGAGGAUAAAGGAGAGGAAGAAGCAGAAUCAAGCAUUUCUUCUACCAGUAAUGAGCAACUAAAAGUUACUCAGGAGCCAAGAGCAAAGAAAGGAAGACGCAAUCAAAGUGUGGAACCUAAAAAGGAAGUAAGGAACAGCAUGGCAAUUAAAUACAUGCACUUGUGGGAACCAGAGCCUGAAACAGAAGCAGUCAGUUCAAGUCAGGAAAUUCCCACAAUGCCUCAACCCAUUGAAAAAAUUUCAGUCUCAACCCAGACGAAGAAAUUAAGUGCCUCUUCCCCUAAAAUGCUGCAUCGAAGCACCCAGACAAAUAAUGAUGGUGUGUGUCAAAACAUGUGCCACGAAAAAUACACCAAAAUCUUCAGUGACUUAAAAGAUAGAAUCAAGGCUGAUCACAAGAGGGAAACUGAGAGAGUUGUGCGAGAAGCUAUUGAGAAGGUAACUGACUAUCAGUUUGAUGACAGCUUGAGAAUGUUCUAAUUAGUUCUAAUUAUUCAUUAUUGCUGAAAUUUAUUUCUGUACAUACCUGUUUUCAUUCAUUCAGGACUGGAAGAUGGCCCUUUUUCUGUACAAAGAUGAUAAUCCCUUGGCUGAUCACUCUGCAAUUAAUUUUUUUUAAUUGAUCAUUUUAAGUGAGAAGUCCAUUACUG